UGGGAGGAGGAGGAGGAGGAGGAGGAGAAGGACGGCGGGUCGAGCGGCGCCGUCAACUGAAUUCGGGGCUCCCGUCGCCGCUGUCACCGCGCGCGCAGGAUGGCGGCUGCCGUGGCUGGGUUUCGUGCUUCUUACCACCGUUUCUUAGACAAGAUCGAGCUUAAGUUGCCACCCCGGCUGCGUCCUUUCUAUAACCACCCUGCAGGUCCCAAAACAGUCUUUUUUUGGGCACCUGUUAUGAAAUGGGGUUUGGUAUGUGCUGGAAUGGCUGAUAUGACUAGGCCUGCUGAAAAACUCAGCACUUCACAAUCUGCCGUCCUAACGGCUACAGGCCUUAUCUGGUCAAGGUAUUCUCUAGUAAUUAUUCCUAAAAACUGGGGCCUGUUUACUGUUAAUUUCUUUCUUGGCUGUGCUGGUGGCUCUCAGCUGUACCGCAUAUGGAGGUAUAACCAAGAGUUAAAAGCCAAGGAACUGGAAAAGCAGCAGUAGAAAUUCUACUUAAUUUCUUCUAAUCUCAACAUAAACUACUUCCUAAGGGACCUAGUUUUAAUCCUGUUCAGUUGCCUAGUGUGACUUUUUACUAAAAGUGGUAGAGCAUGCUUUUCUAUAAAGUUAGAAAGCAACCUCUUUGCAUUUAAAUAAACUCUUUAAUAAGU